AUCAGCUUAACGGGGGCUAAUAAUUCAGGGGGCUAAUAAUUCUGACUUCAUCCAUUCAUAUAAAAAUGCAUUUUGUUUAAUAAAGACUUAUUUUCUUUCCAUUAUUCUAAAGUUGUAUAUUCUAAAAGUUACCUUGGGUUUCUUCAUGUAAAUGAAUUGUUUUCUAUAUUUUUUCAAGUGCCUUCAAGUACACUAAAUAUCUUCAAUCAGUGUUUUCCUCUUUUGAGUUCUCAGUUUGCUGAUGGUUUACUGUAAUGCAACAUUCCUUAAAGCACCAGUAGAUGUUUUUCUGACGAGCUCGAAGACCAAAAAAGUUCUUCGUGGAACUUAAAGGUUCUGGUGAAAGCCAGGAAUCUUCCUCUCGGAGAGCGUGUGCAUGUGCACACCUAGCAUGAAGUGAACCCGCUCACUGACAUCAGAACCCGCUCGCCGCCACCAUGGAAGGCUCCGCAUUAGUGCAGGCGCACAGAGCUCCAGCAAAUGUCAAACCGAGCAGCAAUUUCACGCGCGUCUGACGUCAACAAGGGCGAAGGAAAAUAAACUUCGCGCACACUUCGGGAGAAACCAUUUUCGCCAACGCCGUUUUUUUCUCCUUCCGCGUAGAGAGGAGGAGAGCCCGCUGAUAUAGGCAUGCUCAGCUGAAGCGUCCUGCAGCCUCUGACGCUGGGCGCAGGCGAACUGCGACGGCCGCGCCAAACGAGCUCCAGUGAUGGCCUCUGCUGAGCAGCUGUGUCCCCGCCUGCUGCACCAGCACUGCCCAUAGGCACACACACACACACAUUUACACACGCCUUUGGGCUCCCUUUCCAACUCCGUCCACACACAUACACACAUCAUGUACAGUGUGGAGGACCUGCUGAUCUCUCAUGGAUAUAAACUGCCCAGGAGCGGCCCUGCCUCCUCCUCUUCCUCUGCGCCUUAUGACAAUCGAAACAACGAAUGUCGCCGUGAGAACGUCGUAGAGAACCGGCCUGCCGCUGCUGGUGGUGGCGGGACGCUCAACGGGUUUGGGACGACGGAAGGGGGAGCCGAAGGGAGCACUGGGGUGUACAGGCCAGCGCCAGUCAAGGCUUAUCCUGAGAACAACAAUAAUAUCAAUGAGGGCCAUGAAAGGAUUCAGCGCAGAUUGGAGGUUCCUGUCGCUUUCCUCGGUGACCUGCAACCGCUGGGUGACUCUCUAGCGACUGACAGUGGGUUCUACGAUGCACCCAGCCUGACCUUCUCUGAACAUCCAGAUGAGCGAGAUAUUUCAUUUUGGAGAAGGAGGGGACAGGACUUCAGUGCUCUUUUGGACUAUGCUGAUCCCAGGGAGCUCAGAGUGUCUGGGGGAUUGUGGCGAGGUCCAGUUUUAGCUGUUGAGGAGCUGAGAGGUGAGAGGCCACUUGCACGCUGGGAGGAAGGCCCAUGGAUACGAGAACCAAUAGACUCAGGCCCAGAGACUCUGCGUGUGACUGGAGAGAGAAAAUGUCAGAGUCUGGGCACAGAGGAAUGGCGGCCUGCAGUGGGCUUGGGUCGGCAGCUGUCAGAUGGAGAGGCUGAGCAUUGGUCUCUGGAACAGCAACACCGUCUGCGACCUGCAGAGGGCAAUGUAUCAGCCACAGUGCGAGCCAAAUCCCAGUCACUCCCUCGAGUCCUUUCACCUGAGGAUCCUCACUAUGGAGAAUUGCCUCAGACUAGUGCCCCGAAUCAGCCCCCUACACAAAGAAGUAACAGCUCUGCUCCAUAUGGUCGAUUCCACGGUGAAUGGCCUGCAGGGGAGAGGUGGAGUGGUCAGACACAAAGUCACGGUCCUUCUGCAGUUGUACCAAAGCCACGGUUCAGCCGCCCCGUCAAGCCCCCGUCUUAUGAGACUCACCAGCAAAACAGGGGAAGCUGGGAAACGUUGUCUUCUGAACCUGUGUCCAAACCCAGAGACCGCGCAGUGUGCUUUACUCAGAGUUUUGAGCCACUUAGAGACCGCUCUGGUUGUUAUUCUCAGAGUGCAGAGCCUAUAAGAGAUCGGUCCAUUUGCUUUUCUCAGAGCGCAGAACCAAUUCGCGACCGCAUGAUAAGCCACUCUCAAAGUGCUGAACCACUAAGAGACAGAUUUAUCAGUCAUUCACAGAGUGCUGAACUUCUGCGCGAUCGUUUUUUCACCCACUCACAUAGUGCAGAUCUGUUAAGGGACAGAUCCCUUUGUUACUCUCAGAGCUCAGAACUGCUACGAGACCGGUCCAUUUGUUACUCCCAAAGUGCAGAGCUCCUGAGACCAGAAGCAUAUAGAGAUCUGUUUUACCAUGAACUGACUGGCAUGGAGCCUCCUGGUUACAUCCCACCCCCCUCCUAUAGGAGAUUCCUUCCACCCAGGAGUGGGCAGAACUACAGAGCAGAUUCUGCUCUUGUCAGAUGGAAACGUGAGCCUGUGAGUGCAGAGAUGGGCCAGUGGUUUUCCAGGACCUCAGGAUUGUCAUGGUCAGAGCGGCGUGAAGACAGGAGCAUGGCAGUAAUUCCAAGAAGGCCUGUGCAUCCAGGGCCUGUUGUACCUAGCCGCUCAGGACUUGUGCAGUAUGUCCCAUUUGAUGACCCGCGCAUCAGGCAUGUCUCAGGGGGGCCCUCUGGAAACUCGCUCACAGACGCGGACAAGAUCCGACACGUCAACAAAGAGCUUCCCUGCGCUGCAAAUUUAGGACAAUCCACACAUGAUAGUGCCUUUCUCCCUUCACAGGGACAGAGUCUCAGCACGGACACUAACAAACCGGCUCUUACUGAACAGGAGAAUUCUAACCGCUGGCACAAAGGAACGAACAAAGGCAGUGAAACUGUAGCACCUGAGCAGAGCUGUGUCAAGUAUCCCGCAGCCUUUCAGCCUAGGCCCCUGCAACCAAUCAUUAAAACAGAGAGAAAUACAGACCAGCAGGCUAGAACUGACCGAGUUACUGACCAAGUCAAGGUUGAGAGAGUAACAGAGCCGGUCAAAGUGGAGAGAGGUGCUGAACAGACAAGAACAGACCAGGUCAAAGUAACUGAGCAAGUGAAACCAGAACGAGUUACAGACCUGAUCAAACUGGAUAAACCUACUGAUCAGGUAAAGCCAGACAGGUUUACAGACAAACAAAUAAAGGUAGAAAGAUUAACUGACCAGAUACAGAUAGACAGGUUCCCAGAUCAGGUCAAGGCUGACAGAUAUACAGAUAAACAAAUUAAACCAGAAAUCAAGAUAGAGAAAGUUCCUGAAAAGCCCAUAAAAACAGACAGAGUUUCAGACAAGCAAAGUAAAGCUGAAAGACUCUUAGAGAAACACUUGAAGAUUGAUAGAAUUUUAGAAAAACAACUUAAAGCAGAUAAAAUACUAGAAAAACAAUGUAAACCUGACAAAUUUACUGACAAGUUGAUCAAGGCUGACAAGCAGGCAAAAGGAGAUGCCGGUACAGACCAGAUAAAAGUUGAGAAGAUUACUGACAAGUCUGGAAAGGCUGACAAAUCCAUGGAUAAAGGUUCAUCAGAGAGUGUGUCAACUGUAAAGAUAGAACCUGUCCAGGAACCAGAGAAAAAGAGUGUGAAAAAGAAACUUAGUGAGACAAUUUUUUGCCUUGUGUCUGUCCCACUUUCACAGUCCAGUUCAAAAUCUCGAGAUCAAAACAACAAUGAAGAGAAAGAACCAGACUCUCCUCCAAUUCCUCCACCUCCUCCACCAAGCUCCUCUAGUGAAAACAGCAACACCCUCGGCUCCCUGCCAAACCAAAGCCUCAAAAGCACAUCCACCACCUCCACUGACCUGGAGCUGCAAGCACUCACACUUGGCAGUGGGUCCAGUAGCAUAGCUACAAGGAGAAGUCACCGCAGAAGGAACUCGCGCUCUAGGAUCAUCAAGCCAAAUCCACAUGAUGAACUCAGACGGUAUUCUGGGGCAUGGCCAGGGGACCAGUACCGUGAUCAGGAGACCCAAACGAGCCCUGAGCCUACUAAGAGCAAUGCAAUUCCAUGUCCCACCAAUACAGAAGCACAAGAUGGUCAUGUUGCCCCAGAGGUAACAGCUCCUGCUGAGACCGCAUUGGUGACUGCAGGGCCUGCCCCAGGGGCCCUUGGAGCUUCAUCAGCUCCAUCGGCUCCAUCUGCUCCAUCAGUUCCAUCUGUUCCACCAACUCCAGGAGCUCCACCAGCUUCAGGAGCUUCAGACCCCAGCACCCCUUAUGGGUAUCCCAUGAAGGGACAGAAAAGCUUAAAACCAUCCAGCAACAGUGCUUUUUCACGGACAGGUACCUUCUCCAAGAGCACAGGAUCUCACAGACCUCCAUUACAUCCACCGCCACAUCCACCACCCCCUCCUCCAACCCAACCUCCAUCUCAACCUCCUCCCCCCCCUCCAACACAGCCUCCGUCACCACCAUCAGAUCUAACUGAGGAUGCAAAGUCAGCCUUUGGGCCAAACCCUGAAAACUCCGGCCAGUUUUUGCUGAAGCCUGUGUGCAGGCGUCCAUGGGAUGCCAUUGAGGAGCUUGAUGCCAUCAAUAAGGAGGCGCAGGAACAAGCAAGUAAACGUCCCAGCGUGGAUCAGUGCAUUGAGGAUCUUAAUGAGGCCUACAAAGAUAUUAUGGAGCUUAGCACUGCCAGCAAUAACCUUCCCAAUCGUUCCUCCAUGCAAAUCCCUGACCGCAUAAAAUCCAGGUUAUCUUCAGAUCCGCUUGGGAUGCCUGCAACCAGUCUUCGUCCUAGCUUGGUACCUGGAGGUGACCCAGAAUACCGGGAGGUGAAGAGUGCCUUUUCCCGGCCAUCAACUGGGAAGAGUGUGAGCUUCAGCAAACAGCUGAGAGAGGAGAUUUGUCCUGCUCCUCCCCCACCAGAACCAGGCUUCAGAGAUUACAAAACAGUCAUGUCCCAGAUAACCCAGCGCAAAGCCUGCAGAUCAGUGAAGCUGGACAUCCCAACCCCUAAAGAGACCCAAAGAGAUGAUGAUUUGACUCUACAAACCGCCUCCACCUCUUCCAUGUCAGCUGAGGUCCCAUGGGCAGAGAGACAGCCCAUGCAAGAUGCCUCCACUUUAACCAGCCCCCCAGAUUACGAGCACAUCUGUCAAACUCUCCAAAUGGCCCGUGAAUCUGGGGCUGUUAGUCGUGCUUCUGUCAAAUCCAAACCUGGAAGUGCCAUGAGCAUUGAAACCCCUCAACAUGUACCCCUACCUGGAAGACCUCCAGUAGAUUCUGAGCAGCCAUGUUGUUCAUCAGCAUUAGAAGCAAGACAGGAGCCAGUCUCAAUAUUCAGGGAGGAAAGAAGCUCAGGCUUUAGAAGGGUAACAAGCAACUCUAAUAGGUUCCUUAAUAACAGGGGUGUGCUCUGUAGCCUUGCAACCGGAAAGCCGGUUGGUGAUAAAGCAGGUUUAGAGGCAAACCCAGAGGUACCUGCUGACUGGCAAAUGCAGCUUUUAUUAGCCGAAAAGCAUAUUGCUACUCUGAUUACAGGAGAGGGAACAGAAGAAGACCUUGAUGAGUCAAACAAGGUUGUAGGUGAUAAAGACAUUUUUGCAAGUGAGUCAGUUGAGAAAGAAGUGAUUAACAUUUUUGCCUCUGAUAUUAAGGACGAUUCUGAAAGUGCUGGGCAGAAAUGUUUAGAAGUAAAAGAAACAGAAGCAGAGCAAAAAGAGACACCUGAAAGCCAACAAACUGAAGUGAGAGAAACUUUGAGAGAAGAGAACACGUCUAGGGAAAAGACGCAAUCGGAGCAAGAGAAAUGUGAGCAGAAUGACCCUGUUACUGAGGGGACGGAUCAAAAGAGUGAUAUGACCUCAGAGGCAAUGAAAGAACCAAAUGUAAUCUUGAGAACGAACAAAGCUGCAAUGUGGACUCAUUCAGGUUUGGAUUCAGAGCACCGUCCUGAAUUUCCACCAGAACACCUACCACUUUCUGUGCUACCUUGCACUAAUCGUAGACUGUCUCUAGGUUUGGACUGGGAGAAAGGUGGGUGGGAAGGGGAAAGUUUGGGCCAAGGUGGAUUCUGGUCUAAAGAGAGGCGGUCUCUUGAUGCUGAAAGAUGGGGUAUUGGUGGGGAGAGCUGGGGUUUAGAUGAUGAUAGGCAGGAAGGUGGUGGUGAAAAGCGGGGGCUGGGGGGUUGGCGGGGGUGUGGUAUUGAUGGGCAGGGUACAGAUGACUCAGACUGGGAGUUGGAUAAAAAUACUCAAGCCACUGGUGGCAAAGAAGCGGAUUCAGGUACAAAACAGGAAACACUUGCACAGGGUCUCGGUGAAGAACAUUGCAGUCCAGCCUCUAGCACUGACAAAAUAGAGCAAAAAGAAGUUAUUGUUUGUGAAAGAACUGAUAAGGGGGAUAGUCGAGUUUCAGAUUGCCAGGUUUCAAGUGUAGAUAGACGGAGCCGUGGACUUUCCCAAAGAAUAGAGGCUCUUUUUACAGCCCCACCCGGGCAUGGCUCAAAGGAAAGACUUGCACGCAUGAAGGAGGUGGACACUGUCUCACGAAUGAGACGCCUUAGCCUCCGAAGCUCAGACUCUUGGGAUGGACUGCAGGGGGUCGGAAGGUGGGAAGAUUACGAAAAGGAGGGAGAAUGCCCCCCUCCUGACCCAGAGUAUUCUUCAAACAUCACAAAAUUAGAGGAUACAGAAGGCAGCACCCUCCCUGCAGUCAUCAGUGAACCUAAAGAAACCAAGGAGGACCAGGAAAUCCUAAAAGAGUCACAGAAGCCCAGCCAGGUGGAGAGGUCAUAGCUGAACCCUAGAGGUCAGAGGUCAUCCAACUAAGGGCCAGCCUCCAGCACUGUGACCUGGCUGUCUGCAAAAUGCCUUCAUCCUCAUAUGCUUUUGAAACAUCAUCAGACAUUGACACACACAUACACACACAACAUUAGACACAAACACACUGAGCGAUGCAUCUAUCUAAUACACAUGUCUGUGUGUAUAAAAACAUGCACACACAAACUCAACUGACACACAAAUACUCAAAGUCAUUGUCAUGUAUGCAGACGCUCACAUGCAUUCAGAACACCUUUCAACACCUCACCACACUGAGACAUCUGAAAUGGCCUUCUACUCCGACAAGAGCAUUGUGUAUCAACUCCACUCCACGCCCACUCAGUUCCAGCUCUGCUGGCUUUCUAAGUGUUGCUGUUCCACUGCCAGAGGGAGGUUCCCAACAAACCCCACCCCAUUCAUAUGUUAGUCCUCAUCAUGCGCCAUGUUUCUCAACUCCUUGUCCCUGUCAUUUUUCUUUCCCCUGCAAUUUUCCGUAAAAGUUUGGUUUAUUGGAUGUUUGUCUGGUGUGUUACUCAGCAACAAUGAACAUGUUGUUGUGUUAUGACGAAGUUAAAAAACUACUUGUUGCAAUCUUUUUUAUAAAAUAGACUGUUCAAAAAGUAUGACAGAACAAUCGAUGAUGUUUUAAAACCAGCUACAAUAUCGUAUCAUGUCCUACUCGUUCCAAACAACCUAUCAUUUUCAGUGUUCUUUCCUCAAACCAUUUCCUUCCUUACAUCUUUGCAUGUUCUUUCCUUCAGCCUUUUUAUCAAACACCUCAUUCUUCUUACUAACACUUCAUUUCAUCUAGACACUGUUAUCUCUGCGCACGGUGUUUUGCUAAUAAUGCAAUAUCGUUAUUUGUGUAGUUGCUCAUCAAACUUACAAUAUCAUCCGAUCAGUAUUAGCUGCAUCAUAUCUCUGCAUUCAAGGUCUUGUGCUAUAAUUCCUACUUUCUAUGACCAUAUUAGAUUUACAUAGUCUUUUGUACUUUAAUCACUCUUUAUUUAUUGAAGUUUCCGUUGCAAAGUAUUGGACCAAUCAGAAGAUGUUUAAGGCAGGGAAAAGCCUCCUUUCCACUGCACAAGACAAAUGACAAGCAACAUACCAGAAGUCAUUCGUUUUCAAUGGAGAGUAGUCUGAGAACUGCGUGGAGUUUCGAUCAUCUCCGUAUGCAGACCAUUCACACAGAACCUGUUUUUCCAUUCCAGUGUGCUACUUUUUGCACACUUUUGAUUGACAUGUAUUUUGAAGCAGCUUGCACACGAUCGCAGUUUUUUUUAAAUGGAGCGUCAAAAUAAAAAAUAAAUGAACUUUUAUGGACAGUGCUACUCAUUAGUGUCGGUUGCAAAGCACUGGACCAAUCAGAAGAACUUAAACUUAGCUAGUUUUUGUUGGCAUGAUUUUUAUUUAACCUUAACUCCCUUUUUAAAAAACAAUUCCUAAACGCUCCAUCUCACAUUUUUAAACACA